CGCGACCGCCGAGCACGGACGUGCCGUCGCGAGUGAAGUGCAUUGCGAUUAUUACGAAAAACAAGUGAAGUGAACAACAGUGAGUUACUGUGUUUUAUACCUACUGCUGUUGUACGAGUAGCUACCGCUGUUUAUGCACACACUGCUAACGCGGCGAUGCGGCGUCAGCGGCGCGCGCACACGGCGCGGCUGAUCUGCGGCGCGCCAUGAGGAAGUUCAUGCGCACACGCAGCGCCGCGCCCGCGCCCCUUGCACCGCUCCCGCCUCCCGCGCAGUACCCCGCCAAUGGGCUGAACGGCCAUACCAAGACCAACGGCCACGCCAAUGGCGGCCCGCGACGCGAUGACCACUCCACCCUCUCUAGAUCCAGCAGGUACUGGGGCGGGUCGGGCGCGGGCGCUGAGCUGUGGGAGGACCCCGACUUCCCGGCCUCGCCUCGUUCUAUCGGGGAGCGCGCCUCCGGCCUCACAUGGAGGCGGCCACACGAGCUGAGCUCAGCCCCGCUGUUCCUGGGCGCGGAGGCGGAGGACGCGGCGUGGGAGGUGGAGGUGGGCGCCCUGGGCAGCGGCGCCCUCUGCGCCGCGGCGGCCGCGCUGGCGCCCACCCCGCGCCUGCUGGCGCGCGUGGCGCCGCCGCAGAGCUUCAGGGACCACUACAGGGGCGCCUUCACGUUCCGCUUCUGGGUGUUCGGCACGUGGCGCGAGGUGGCGGUGGACGACCGGCUGCCGUGCCGCGGCGGCGGCGGCGGCGGCGGCGUCGUGCCGCGCCUGCUGUCCUCCACCGCGCGGCAAGGCGACUUCACGCUGCCUCUGCUAGAGAAGGCCUACGCCAAGCUCUACGGGUCGUACGCGGCGAUGCGCGCAGCGGGCGCGGCGGCGGCGGGCGAGGGCACCGCGCGAGCUCUACAAGAACUGACCGGGGGGAUAGUGCAAUCCUUCUCCCUGCAACGGCAGCCGCAGCCGCUGACGUUGCAAGUGCUGCACUCGGCGGCGCCGCGCUCCACCAUCAUCGUCGCUACUCCUAGCGAAAAGGAGUCAACAUGGCGCCGACGUUCUGGACUCGCGUCGGGGCAGGCGUACGUGGUGACGGGGCUGGCGCGCGUGCGCGGCGGCGCGGCGCUGGUGCGCGUGCGCGGGCGCGGGGCGUGGCGCGGCGCGUGGGCGAGGGGGAGCGCGGAGUGGAGGGCGCUAACGGUUGUGGACAGAGACGCGUUGGAUGCGAGAGCGCUACAUCCUGAUGAGUUCUGGAUGUCCUUCUCCGACUUCGCUUGCGUGUUCGCGCGUUUGGAGCUGGUUCAUGUUGGCCCUGAUGAUUGGAUGAGGGAGCCAGCACUCCACGCCAGGAGGCCUUGGAGGGCUGUGCUGGCCAGGCGUAGGUGGAGGAGGGGCUUCAACGCGGGCGGACCUCCUGAGGCUACAGAGACGACAGGCACGAACCCGCAGUUCCACGUAUCGAUCCCGGGCUGCGCGGGCGCCGGCAAGUGCCACGUCGUAGUGUCCGUGUUACAACAAUACUGCCCACGCGGACGGACAAGAUUAAAGGCGGUCGGGUUCGCUCUAUACGAGCUCCCUUCAGGAGGCACCGCUCCGGCGCCGCUGGUGGUGGCGGGGCUGCGCGCGCUGGACGUGACGCACUGGUCGCGCGCGCGCGAGGUCGCCACCUUCUUCACGCUGCCCGCGGGCGAGUACCUGCUCGUGCCGCACACCAGGCGCCCGCACACCGAGGCCGCCUUCCUGCUGAGGGUGCUGACCGACCAGCAUGCCGAUAUAUGGGAGGUGAACGAGGACAACCUUAUCGUGCGCAGCAUCAACGCCGAGUUCCCGGACGAGCGGCAGCCGAUACCGCCGGAGUUGCGGGCGACGCUUGUCAAGCUGUUCGGAAAGGAGGAAGUAGAAGAGGUGGACGCGACACAGCUGCGCGGUGCACUGCGGCGCAGCGGGCUCGGGCGCGGGCUGGGCGCGGCGGUGACGGGCGACGUGUGCCGCGCGCUGGUGGCGCUGCGCGACGCGCGCGUGGCGGGGCGCAUGCGCGCGGCGGACGUGCCGGCGCUGGCGCGGCUGCUGGCGCUGUGGCGCGGCGUGUGGGCGCGCCACCAGCGCUGCGGCGCCGUCUCCGCCUACCGCGCCAGGGACAUGCUGCGCCAGGCCGGCGUGCACGCCAGCAACAAGGUGUUGGAAGGCUGCGUGGUCCGCUUCGCACCUAAGGCGCACCUGGCGGCCGACGCGUUCCUUCUGGCGCUUGCUAGAAUUCACCUCGCGCACGAACGUUACCGCCUCCUCGACACGAAAUUGAAGUCCAAUCCUCUCUCGUUGGAAGAGAUGAUCCUGAUGACGAUCUACUCGUGAUCGCGAGGCGCGCAUGUUGUUGAGCCCGCUGUCGGUCUACUCCUGAGGCGCUUGUUGUUGGACCCGCUGUUGUCGGUCUACUCCUGAGGCGCUUGUUGUUGGACCAGCUGUUGUCGGUCUACUCCUGAAGCGCGUGUUGUUGGACCAGCUGUUGUUGGUCUACUCCUGAGGCGCGUGUUGUUGGACCCGCUGUUGUCGGUCUACUCAUCAGCGCGCAUGUUGUUGAGCCCGCUGUUGUCUGUUGCGGAACCUUUAUGUUUACUUAUUUUAUUUGUUUGUGCGACUGCAGUACGCUAGGACGAUUUCCCACAAACAUUCAGGGAUAGGGAUCUAUAACAUCAAUCAACUAUAAAACAUCUAUAUUGUUAUCUAAGUACCACUCCUUAAAAUCCGGUUCGAAGGACCUCCACGACAUAAAAAAAUACGUGCAAAGUAAUAAAUUGUCGUGCAAAAAGUCUAUAGGUAUAUUUAUGCAAAAAGAGUUGGAUGCUUCCUCCUGGAGAGAUAUAUUAAAUCAUUUUACGGUUUAGACUCACUUGUUUUAGUCACUCGCGCGACAUGCAAAAAAACCCAAUGUAAAAUGAUUUAAUGUUAGUAUGUCUCACAACAGUUUAAAUUCGAUUGGAGAGAUAUAUUUAUCUAUUACUUCUCUACAAUCUUGACCAUCUUAUCUUACUUCUAAACGAUAUAUAUUACGAGUUUUGAAUGAUUCACGGUUAGUUUCACUAGACUUAUAUUGAUCGGGAUAUGGAUCGUGAUUAGACUGAUUACCUUUUGUAUUGUUUUUGAGCUCCCGAUAUUUCGACGUAGAUACAUGCAUCUUGUUCACGGGUGACGGGAAAUAUCGGGAGCUCAAAAACAAUACAAAAGGUACAAUACAAUAAGUCUAGUAUUACGAUAUUAUUGUUUAUAGCCGACAUAAUAUAAAAUUCGUCAAAUGCUCCUUCUCUUUUGCUCAUGUCGGCGUUAAUAGACAUAAACAACACCACCAUACACCACACACCAGAGUCUCUUAUAUAGGCAUUAAUUAAAGAUGUUAUUUAAAUUUAUAAAUUUUAUUUACUUAGACAAGGUUCCAAAUUCAAAAACAAAACUCAAGCUUCCCGGGUUUAGGCUAUUGCAUGUUUUUUAAUAUUUCUGUGUGAAAUCGACCAGCGCUGCGUGUGCGCACGCUAGGUGUAUGAGCGGCGACCAAAGACCAAUCCGUCCAAACUGUGUACAGUACAAACGUUAACGUGCAGUUUGCUGCACUCACUUGUGAUAUACUUAAGUAGGCGAGGCGGGCUAUGGUAUUAUAACCAAUAACAAAAACAACUGUGAGGUUACUGUGUAUACAUUGGCUAAGAUUUCCACUAACUAUUCCUUCUAUAUUCUCCACUGAGAUGAAAAACAGGCAAAGGUGGGAUCUAUAGAACAAAACUUAUUAUGUAUUUCACAACAGGCCGAUUUUUCGAGUUUACGUGAGAUAUGUACACAUUCAAAUCAAAACUCGAAUGGCUAUAAUAAUCCGAUGAGUACAUAUAAUAGUGUUUGGGAUGGAACAAGGGCAAGCGAAUGAUGAUGAGUACAUAUAAUAAUAUAAUAAUAAAGCCUCUUUAUUCCCAUAUAACUUAUAGCUACAUGAUACAUAAUUUAAAUUUAAUCUUAUUUUUUAUUUUUACUUAAAUUAUAGGGACCCCUAUUGUAGGGUAUAAGCCUCCUCCAGAUUCUUCCACCUCGUUCUGUCCUGGGCUACUGUUAGCCAGUUUUUGCUGGAUACUUUUAUAAUAUCGUCCGCCCAUCUUUGUCGUGGAUGUCCAAUUUUUCUUUUCCCAACCGGACCGGCCCAGGAGUACAUAUAAUAGGUAUGAAUUAUCUUAGAUGAUUUUUUCGGGCUCCGGCCCUAAUCUGUUAAACAAAAGGUAUUGUUUCCUUUAUGCAGUGGUUACACUGCUUCCUGCUAAUAGCCCCGACAUAAGUAACGGGAACAAGCCCGUUUAAAAAGGAAAACCAUUCUAUUUAUAUGGUUCAAAUUCUUGAAACAGCCCAUUCGGAGACAACACGUUUUGUUAUCUCCAAAGAAAAUACCACCCUGAUUGUUCUCUGAAUGAGCUGUCAUAUAAAUUUGAACCUUUAUACUAUCACGAUAGUUGCUUUUUAAGCGACAUGGUUGCUUUGGCACGUGCUGAAGACCGCUCUUAAAAGAAACAAAGACUUUUGUUUAACAGAUUAGGGCCCGAGCCCGAAAAAAUCAUCUGAGAUAAUUCAUCCCUAUAUCUAGGUAUGUGUGCGUGCGAAAUCAACUUGUGUUGAAGUUACGGUUUUGUGUUAGCGACCAAUACCUCGGCCAAAUAGACAUCAACUGUGUUUAAAUAUGUCUCACUGCCUCUUCUAACUUCACAAACAAAAGAAUGUUUAUAUUUUUCUUCACUUCAAAGCCUGGAUGACCUCAAAAAAAGCCCGCCGUUCCUACGAGACGCUAAACGUAUUGUACCAACGAACACACACUUGAGUUGCCAUUUCCAAACUUAUUACUACAUAAUAAGAACCACAAAUGGCCACUUGAGUGUGGCUUCGAUCUAGAGUUUAAGAUAUUGUUAUAGAAUGAGAUAUUAUAUCUGGCGGUUAUAUUAAUUUAUUGCUGUAUUUAAUAGAAUAAGUUUCAAAUGUUCAUGUGCAAUUUAAAUUAUUUAUUAAAGAUUAUUUAUAAACA